GCGUGGGAAAGAAAGCCAGGCAGAGACUCAGCUCACACACACACACACACACACACACACAGGAGGAGCUGCAGGGCUGCUGCUGCUGCUGCUGCAAGUUGCAUAGUUGCAUAGGGCCUAUCCGGGGAUGUAGCCUAUGGAAGAAAAAAAAAAAAGAAGAAAGAAAGAAGAAAAUCCAAAAGAAGAGUUUUUUGGAGGGGCUGUAUCACGCGUUUGCCUUUGUCCUAUGACCCCCUCCUCCUCCUCCCAUCAUCCUCUCCUCUCCACACACCCCCACAUGUUGCAGUGAGAGUGUGUGUGUGUGUAAAAACCCUCCACCUUCCUCCUCCUCCUCCUCCUCCUCCCUUGUUUGAGUGUCUCUGCUCUGGGGUUGGUGCAUGCACUCUGAGGGAUGGGGGAUUAGAUCUGCACCGUCCAACUACCUGUGUGGCCCCCUGCAUGGAUGGAGGAAGGACAGUGGACGGUGAUGCGUUUAGAGGCACAUAAGGGACAUUUUUUAACCAAAUGCCUCCUCAUCAGCAUUUUUUUUUUUUUUUUAUCGGACAUGUCGACAUUUUUUAUUGACAACACAAUAAGGCAUUGCAUGUGCCACCAACUUUUCUCUGUGAAUAUGCCUUUGUGAAGGAGCUCGCCGGGAUUCCCCCCCUGCAAUAUUUCCAACCAAGAGAAGAGAAGACGAGACGACACAAGACAAAACAUCUGCAAAAAUGGACAAAGAAAGUACUGGUACUACUCAAUAUGAACCCGUGGCCGAGAUUGGAGAAGGCGCUUAUGGGAAAGUGUACAAGGCGAGGGACUUGAAGAACGGGGGACGUUUUGUAGCCCUGAAAAGAGUCCGGGUCCAGACGGAGGAAGAGGGGAUGCCUCUGUCCACCAUCCGGGAGGUGGCGGUACUGAGGCAGCUGGAGGCCUUUGAGCACCCCAAUGUUGUCAGGUUGUUUGAUGUGUGUACAGUCUCUCGAACUGACCGAGAAACCAAACUCACCCUGGUCUUUGAGCACGUGGAUCAGGACCUGACCACGUACCUGGAGAAGGCCCCUGACCCCGGAGUACCACCUGAGACCAUCAAGGAUAUGAUGUACCAGCUGCUCCAGGGGCUGGACUUCCUGCACUCGCACCGCGUGGUUCACCGUGACCUGAAGCCCCAGAACAUCCUGGUCACCAGCGGAGGACAGAUUAAACUGGCCGACUUUGGUCUUGCCCGCAUCUACAGCUUCCAGAUGGCGCUCACCUCUGUGGUGGUGACGCUGUGGUACAGAGCCCCAGAGGUGCUGCUCCAGUCCAGUUACGCCACGCCGGUGGACCUGUGGAGCGUCGGCUGCAUCUUCGCUGAGAUGUUCAGGAGAAGACCGCUAUUUCGAGGAAACUCAGAUGUUGAUCAGCUGGGAAAGAUUUUUGAUGUUGUUGGGGUACCUUCUGCGGAGGACUGGCCCCAGGAAGUGGCCCUACCACAGAGUGCCUUCACCCCCCGGCCCCCUAAGCCAAUAGAGGACUUAGUUCCAGACAUGGACGAGCAAGGACGGGCCCUCUUAAUGCAAUUCCUCGCCUUCAACCCCUCCAGGAGAAUAUCGGCUUUUGCCGCACUCAGCCACCCCUAUUUUCAAAGCGUGGACAGCCACAGUAGAAGUGUGUACGCGGCCCAGCCCAUCCCCAGCAACAAGCCCACUAUGGAGGAGAGGACUGCCUGACCGUCCUCCUUCACCCUUAAUCAUCCCACACAGUGUCUAUAAAAAGUAUUGUGCGCACCCCGCCUUGGUGUUUUUCAUGUUUUAUUAUUAUUACAGUGUUAAAUUAAGGUGUGUUAAUCAAGCUUUUUUGACACUGACAGAUCUUAAAUGUCAAAGUGAAAAUAAAUCAGUAGAAAUAGAUGUAAUUUUAAUACAAAUAUAAAUCAAAAAGUGAUUGAUACUGAGGCAUGUAUAGGCACCCUUAGUAUCAUUUACAGCCUUGAGUCUAUGUGAUUAAAUCAUUCUUCUUUGGAAAAAUCCUCGAAAAAGUCUUCUGCCAACAUGACAGCAGCUUUUCCUCCAGGAUUCUUCUGUAUUUUGCUGCAUUUAUUUUACUUCUUACCAUUGCUACAACAUGAUGCUACCAGCCUUCGGCUCUGCAUAGCAUUUAGUUUGUUGGUCAAAAAGCUUGGUUGUGGUGUCAUCCCACCAUGGAGCCUUCUUUUGCUCCCACAUGCCUUUUGGGCAAAUACAAGCGGAAAUGUCAUGCGAUUUUUCAACAGUGGCUUUCUCUUUGCCAGUUGGCCGUAGAGCGAGAUAUGCAGCAGUUGCUGUCAGGUCAAAGUCUCCCAGUUAGGGAACGCUGUACCUCCUUCAGUGUCCACAGACCUCAUUGUGGCCUUAUUGCCUCUUCGCACAUACCCUUUAAGAUGAUCUGCUCUAGACAGAUUUGUGCCUCAUACUCAAGUACCUUCACAUUUUACUGGUAUCCUUCCACUGAUUGGUUCUUUUCAAUAAUAAAUAUUGUAGUUUAUGUCAGCUGUUGACCCCCUUCAGAUACAGAUGCAUUUAACUAAAAAUCACAAAAACAGUUGGAUGCACCAGUUAUACUUGUGAUUUAGAUCCAUUUGUAGAGAUUUGUUUUCUCUUUAACUUUAAAAAGACCUUUUUUUUUUAUUAUAAUCAGUGUCAAAAAAGCUUAAUCAACUGUGAUUUUGUACUGUACAUAAAACCAAAACAUGAAAUAGACCAAUACUUUUUUAUAGACAAUGUACAGAGCUCAAGGAAAGUACUCCUAAAUAGAGGGUAAAGAUAGUGUCAAGAAAGAUGACACCAACGCUCUCACCCCCCCUCGGAAAAAAUGCACGAAAGCUAUCCUCCUUCCAUGAACUGAUGGAUUGUAAUUGCUGCUUUUAGGUUGUUAAAUGUUGAUGAUUGACUGUGUUAACAAUGCAAAGAGACUUGCAUCUCAGAUUGACUGGUAGUAGUGGGCAAGCGGACUUUAGAGGCCACGAAGCAGACGCCUCUUUAUGACCAGUGUUUAGCCUCACAAGAGCCCUCUCGACCGGAGGAGCGAACCACACAGGAGCCUGGGUGGACAGCAUGGAUCUCACCUGCCUUCAUGCUCACUGUGGGUGUGUGCAGUGAGCAGAUAUACAGUACAAGCACGCUCACAGAUAUGUACUUUUAAGUGUGUGCACUACCACUGACAUUAGCAUGUACACAACUUCUUAUAGAAACAUUAUUGGGCAUCACAAGCCAGCCACUCACUGCCAUGUCUUAUCAUUCCAGUCCUACGUUUAUUAUAAUACUGCCACCUUGAGGAUGUCCUGAGUAACUGCAGACCAGUAGCGGGAUUCUAAUGGUUUCUGCACUCUUCAAGGAACUCAUCAUAAAUGGGCUGAUACCAUUGCUGAGACAAUGAUGAAAAGAACCUAACAGAAAUGUUCCUGCCACUCACUUGUCUGCCAUUUUAUCAUUCUAAGAUACAAUUAUUAUUUACUAUCCGAAUGUUACAGUAAUGCACAGGCUUGCAAUAGGUGGAGAAAGUCCCACCAGCACUAUUCAACAUGAAUACGUUUGGCACAGAAUAGUGUUGCCAAUAUUUAAUUUUAAUUUUAUUGACAAGUCUUAUAUACUUGUUUUCAUCAAGUUUUUUUUUUUUUUUUUUUAAGAUGCUGGGGCAUACAAUAUUCUUACACCAAUUACACCAACUCUUUAGAUGAUUAUAGAAUUUGUGUAAGAAUAGUUUGACAAUGUAAGGAAUGUAUAAAGGAUAGGCAUUGGUACUGUACAGUAUAGAGUGCUACAUACAAGCUGUAACGAUAGAAAACUUUUGAUACGUGCAUCGUCAGCCCAUAGAUAUGUCGUAAAAAUGGAUAGACGUAGAGUAUAGCGAGGGUUGGUGGAAUGUCGUUGGGCAAAGAGUAUUUUGUCUGUUGAAAAUGUCGGGCGGGCUCUGUGGGUGCUUGUUGAAUUUCAUUAGCUUUGGAUUGAGAGUGAAUUUUACAAUGGUUUUUGAUAAUGAAAUAAUGCAUAAAUAUGUUGUGUACAGUUGUUGCUUUAUUUUACAGUUAUGUCCAGUUAUAUUCAAUUUUUUUUUUUUUUUUACCAGCAAGGAAAAAGCAAGUUAUGCAGAGUUGUAUUUUUGUAUGUAGUAGUUCUUGCAGAACAGUAACAUAUUUUAACACUGGUUUAUGUUUUCUUAACAGGUAGUGCUGCUAGCACACACACACAGAAACACUCUUGACUGUCUCAGGUUCUUGUUAAGGUCGUCCGAACCUUUCGGGCACAGUUUGCACAUCCCUGGGCUACUAACUGACCACAUCACAACUCCUUCAGGUUUUCUUUCAAGCUGUCCCAUCAUCAUCGUGGAUCACAGUCUACUGUCAUUCCUAUUUAUCACAUAUGUUACUGUAGUCAUUACUGUCUGAAGAUAACUGCCUGUAUCAACUGUUUUAUUGUCAGCAACUUUUAAUUGCUAGAUGGCGAACACAAUGUAGAUUCAUGUAUAAUUGUCUGCUUGAAUAAGCACUGUGUGAAUUUUGAUAACGACUCACAUCUGGUGUCAGUGGCGCGUACAAUGCAAUGAAAGCUCUAAAUACAAUUCAAAUAAUACAAUAAACGCAUUUCAAUCUCAUAACACAAAACUGAAGUCCACUGUUGAGCUUUUAGAACUUUCACUGUUUUGAAACCAAUGUAUAUUUCAAAUUACACAUAUGUUCCUAUGUCACAUUUGUUUUAAGCAUAUGGAAAUGGCGAGUAGGAACAACACAAUCAUGGCAUUAUACUUGUGUAUUAAUGCAGGCAUUGGUGUCUUAUUAUUGUGUUGCACCAGUUGAAUAAAAAGCAGCUUUUUGUGAAA